UCAUCCUGUGCGGCGGGGACCGUUUGGGCCACGCGCACCGCUCUUUACGGGUGCUGCAGUUUGCUUGAGGUGGCGCAGGCUGGCGUGUGGGGCUUAUUACUUCCUUCGUCGUGAGCAGCAUGGACGUGCUUGCGGAGGAAUUCGGGACCCUGACCCCAGAGCAGCUAGCUGCGCCGAUACCGACUGUAGAGGAAAAAUGGAGGCUGCUUCCAGCAUUCUUAAAGGUUAAAGGCCUUGUGAAGCAGCAUAUAGAUUCAUUCAACUACUUUAUUAAUGUAGAGAUAAAGAAGAUCAUGAAAGCCAAUGAAAAGGUUACAAGUGAUGCUGACCCCAUGUGGUACUUAAAGUACCUGAAUAUUUACGUCGGCCUUCCCGAUGUUGAAGAGAGCUUCAACGUGACUAGACCAGUGUCUCCUCACGAGUGCCGCCUGCGGGACAUGACGUACUCUGCCCCCAUCACAGUGGAUAUUGAGUACACCCGAGGCAGCCAGAGGAUCAUCCGCAAUGCUUUACCCAUUGGCAGAAUGCCCAUAAUGCUUCGUAGUUCAAACUGUGUUCUUACAGGGAAAACACCUGCAGAAUUUGCCAAACUGAAUGAAUGUCCUUUGGAUCCAGGCGGCUACUUCAUUGUUAAAGGAGUGGAAAAAGUUAUUCUCAUCCAAGAGCAGCUGUCGAAGAACAGGAUCAUCGUGGAGGCCGACCGAAAGGGGGCAGUCGGUGCUUCAGUUACCAGCUCUACCCAUGAGAAGAAGAGCAGAACCAAUAUGGCCGUGAAACAAGGACGAUUUUAUUUAAGGCAUAACACUUUGUCAGAGGAUAUUCCUAUUGUAAUUAUAUUUAAGGCCAUGGGUGUUGAGAGUGACCAGGAAAUUGUACAGAUGAUUGGGACCGAGGAGCACGUGAUGGCUGCUUUUGGGCCCAGUUUGGAAGAGUGCCAGAAAGCUCAGAUUUUCACACAGAUGCAGGCAUUGAAAUAUAUAGGGAACAAAGUAAGAAGGCAAAGGAUGUGGGGAGGUGGACCAAAGAAAACCAAAAUAGAAGAAGCAAGAGAGCUCCUGGCGUCUACCAUCCUGACCCAUGUACCAGUUAAAGAGUUCAAUUUCCGAGCCAAGUGCAUCUACACGGCGGUGAUGGUGCGAAGAGUGAUUCUGGCCCAAGGGGACAAUAAAGUGGACGACAGAGACUAUUAUGGCAACAAGCGGCUGGAGCUGGCAGGACAGCUUUUAUCUCUUCUUUUUGAAGAUUUGUUUAAAAAAUUUAAUUCUGAAAUGAAGAAAAUUGCAGACCAGGUGAUUCCGAAGCAAAGAGCCGCCCAGUUCGAUGUCGUCAAGCACAUGCGCCAGGACCAGAUCACCAACGGCAUGGUGAAUGCCAUUUCUACCGGAAAUUGGUCUCUAAAGAGAUUUAAAAUGGACCGUCAGGGUGUGACUCAAGUACUGUCUCGCUUGUCAUAUAUAUCUGCACUGGGUAUGAUGACAAGAAUCUCUUCCCAGUUUGAAAAAACAAGAAAAGUGAGUGGUCCUAGAUCCCUCCAGCCAUCUCAGUGGGGAAUGCUCUGUCCUUCGGACACUCCUGAAGGAGAGGCGUGUGGUUUGGUUAAAAACUUGGCCCUUAUGACUCAUAUCACAACUGACAUGGAAGAUGGGCCCAUUGUUAAAUUAGCCAGUAACCUGGGAGUAGAAGAUGUGAAUUUAUUAUGUGGAGAAGAGCUCUCUUACCCAAAUGUGUUUCUUGUCUUCCUCAAUGGUAACAUCCUGGGUGUCAUUCGAGACCAUAAGAAACUAGUGAAUACAUUCCGACUGAUGCGGAGAGCAGGAUACAUCAAUGAGUUUGUUUCCAUCUCAACAAAUCUCACGGACCGUUGUGUCUACAUUUCCUCUGAUGGAGGAAGGUUGUGCAGACCCUACAUAAUUGUUAAGAAACAAAAGCCUGCAGUCACAAAUAAGCAUAUGGAAGAGCUGGCUCAAGGGUACAGGAAUUUUGAGGAUUUCUUACAUGAGAGUCUGGUUGAAUAUCUGGAUGUGAAUGAAGAAAAUGACUGCAAUGUCGCACUCUAUGAGCACACAAUUAAUAAAGACACCACCCACUUGGAAAUCGAGCCCUUCACUCUUCUCGGUGUUUGUGCCGGCCUGAUUCCAUACCCUCAUCAUAACCAGUCUCCAAGAAACACGUACCAGUGUGCCAUGGGGAAACAAGCCAUGGGUACCAUUGGAUACAACCAGCGGAACAGAAUUGAUACUCUCAUGUAUCUGCUAGCAUACCCACAAAAGCCUAUGGUCAAAACAAAGACCAUCGAGUUGAUAGAAUUUGAGAAACUGCCAGCUGGACAGAAUGCAACAGUUGCUGUGAUGAGUUACAGUGGCUAUGAUAUUGAAGACGCGCUUGUUUUAAACAAGGCCUCACUGGACAGAGGUUUUGGGCGUUGCCUUGUAUAUAAAAAUGCUAAGUGCACAUUGAAACGAUACACUAACCAGACUUUUGAUAAAGUCAUGGGGCCGAUGUUGGACGCGGCCACGCGGAAACCCAUCUGGCGACACGAAAUUUUAGAUGCAGAUGGCAUUUGCUCUCCAGGUGAGAAAGUAGAAAACAAACAAGUGCUCGUAAAUAAAUCCAUGCCCACAGUGACGCAGAUUCCCCUGGAAGGAAGCGGCGUGCCGCAGCAACCCCAGUACAAAGAUGUGCCGAUCACCUACAAAGGGGCAACAGAUUCAUAUAUUGAAAAAGUGAUGAUAUCUUCAAAUGCCGAAGAUGCUUUCCUGAUAAAAAUGCUGCUGAGACAGACAAGGCGUCCAGAGAUUGGUGACAAAUUCAGCAGUCGUCAUGGGCAAAAAGGUGUUUGUGGUUUGAUCGUCCCUCAGGAAGACAUGCCGUUUUGUGAUUCUGGCAUCUGUCCGGACAUCAUAAUGAACCCACACGGCUUCCCGUCACGAAUGACGGUGGGGAAGUUAAUUGAGCUGUUGGCCGGCAAGGCAGGCGUGUUAGAUGGCAGAUUCCACUACGGCACUGCUUUUGGAGGCAGUAAAGUAAAAGAUGUGUGUGAAGACCUCGUUCGCCACGGUUAUAACUACUUAGGGAAAGACUACGUUACAUCUGGCAUCACAGGUGAGCCCUUGGAAGCCUACAUCUAUUUUGGCCCCGUGUACUAUCAGAAGCUGAAACACAUGGUGCUGGAUAAGAUGCACGCCCGGGCCCGGGGGCCACGGGCCGUCCUUACCAGGCAACCCACUGAAGGUCGAUCUCGUGACGGUGGUUUGCGUCUUGGAGAAAUGGAACGUGACUGUUUAAUUGGUUAUGGAGCCAGUAUGCUUUUACUGGAGCGACUAAUGAUUUCAAGUGAUGCCUUUGAGGUGGAUGUCUGUGGGCAGUGUGGACUUCUGGGGUAUUCCGGCUGGUGCCAUUACUGCAAGUCGUCUUGUCACGUGUCUUCCCUCCGUAUUCCGUAUGCCUGCAAGCUGCUCUUCCAGGAACUGCAGUCUAUGAACAUUAUUCCCAGGUUAAAACUGUCCAAAUACAAUGAGUGAGGAAGGAUGCCAAGAUAAUUAUUUAAAGAGAACAUACGCAUUGAUGCGUAUGUCCGACACAGUGCGACUUAGGAGGGAUUGAGAACCACUUCUGCUCCUGUGAACAACUCCUUUGAAUGUUUUCUUGGAAAAAAACAAAAAGUGAUGGAGAGGCUUUUUAGACACUAGAUGACUGACUAACCACUGAGCCUCGGGCCAUGGAAGAGAUGCCAGCAAUGUGGAUCCCGAUGCAGUUCCUCAUCCACGGACUGGCUUUGAAUCACAAGUGGCCGUGACCUAAAAUGUUCUGGUAUCUUGAAAUUUACCCUUUAGAAAAACCUUCCUCCUUGAAAAGAAUGUUUGGGGUUUAAUAAAACUCAGGAUUUUUAUGAAACCUGACGGAUAUGAAAAAUGUUUUUGAACUGGUGGGCUCGGCCUUUGUCGUGGGGGCUGGUCUGAGUGGCGGGGAAGGGAAGAGCUGUGGGACCCCGAGGGCGCCGUGGGUGAAGUGGUGGCUUUCUCACCUGUCACUGUGAGGUGACGAGUUUCCUUACUAUCGAACUCUGCCCUUUUACACCCAAACUUUCAAGUUUAAGCUUGGCAACAUACAAUAAACAUGUUUCUGCCACCUUAGGCACGUUUGCCAGUGAUGUCACUUCGUCUGACGGACUUAAUUGCUGCUGUUUCGAAUCUCCACGAUCACACCACACACAGUCGUAUGUGUCGAAUGUGUGAAGUAAUUCCACGGACGCUUUGUGACUUUUCUGUCCCUUCCAUUUCUGCCAGGAUGUUAGCUUUCCAUUCUCAUUUUAAUCUGACAGCCUUCUUGACCCAUUUCCAAUUUGUUCUUAAUCGCUCUUCCCUGAAGGCAGAUAAAUAUUUGUGUUAAGGAUUAUUUAUAAAGUCAGAAAAGCUUUGAGUAACAGUCUGACGCUGCGUUCCUAACACAUCACAAUGAACAGGUUUCUAUAUACCGACAAGAAUCAAGUUCCAGUGUCCGAUCAGGUUGAGAAAAUGGGUGUCACCAAGUUGAGCAUACUGGACUUUUCUACUCUUUUCCCAAGCUACUGCACUCCGAGAGUCUCCAAAAGAGGGAUGUUCAAAAACACAGACUAGUCGCUGACCUGAGAACAAACCUGGUCUCACUCCGUUUUCUUCUCAAUAAGAAGCCCUCACACGGGCGUGAGCGUCCUAGAGGCUCCACCGUCAAUGCGGAGUGGAGCAGACACUGCGGGGGAGCAGGCCUCCCUCAGCCACCGCCGCCCGUCUGCAGCCGCUUCGGGACCUUGAGACGUGUGGCAAGGACAGAGGGGUCGGAUGCCCGGAUCUCUGGUCACACCCAGGGUUCUCUCCCUUUGUCUCACUUGGAGGGUGCCUAAAGAUGACUGCAUUGGAUUGAGUGUACAAAACAUAUGUUCUGUACUUUGUGGGCCAUUUAAGGAGUUUUCUAGGGUGACUUCGACUGUUUCCUGUUGUGUGACAGUUCUCCUCACCAGCUUCAUCAAAGGUGGAAUCGCCCUGUGACGCUGGCUCACCAUUUCACUGAACACCUGGGUAUGCUGGGUACUUGAGGACCGCGUCACCUAUCACUCGGGACCUGCCAUGUGCAAGGCACUGUACCGGGGACAGAAAGACAGCAGGACAUGGCCUGUGCCCAAAGGAUCUCAGAACCCCGCAGAGGAGGCCCAGACGUAGAACGCCAUCCGGAGUCAGCGCCAAGGAUUAACCUUGGCCGAGCUGUGGGAGCUCCCAGGGCAGAAUGACUCGCCGCUCUGCAGCUUCGGAAACAACUCUUCACAAGCACGAUUGUCCCCUUUAUACAGCUGACGAAACUGCGGCACGAAGUAGCUGACGCCCCCAACACCGCACCAUUCACGGGAACAGCCGUGCCACUAAGGCGGACGGCGGGGCCUGGAGACCAGGCUUUGUUUGAGCUUCAUCUGUGAUUCUGUUUUUCAGUUACCAGAUGUGACGUUUUUAAAAAACUGAUUUUAGUGAGAGGAUAUGGAGGGGUGGGAGAGACAUCAGUUUAUUAAUUGUUUGAUUCUUCUCGUGUGUUCCAACUGGGGAUGGAACCCACAACCUUCGUAGCAGGGUGACAUCGCAACCUACCCAAUCACCUGACCAGGGCUCAGGUGUAACCAUGUUUUAAAUUCAAUUACCACUAAAUGGUUGUGUUUCUUAAACACCUUUUUUCAAAAGCCAUUCCAGGCAGUUCUGGGAAUUUUGCAGAGUCACCUAGCCAGCCUUCCAGGAAGUUCUCAGUUCUCAAAGGUGACAAAGGUCCAAGAAAGUGUAGGCUCCAAAUUGGGACGUCCUUAGAGGAAAACAUUGUGUCGGGUCAAUGUUGCAAAA